CCUUAGAGUACUAAGUGUCAUAGCUAGCUGUGGUCUUUUUUCCGUCAUUGCUUUAGUUACUGUACCAUGUCUUAUUAGAUAGGUUUUUCCGUUAUCUUUGACUCUAUUCUGUUAAUGAUAAUUAAAUAGUGGAGUCGCACGUGGUCUACCCCAAACGCAACACAUCUUAAUGCAUUUUAGAUAAUUAAAAUUAGCAGGCACAUGUAUUUCACUAUGAAUUCCACUAUAUGCAUUUUCCAUUUACGUAAGGUGGAUCUUCUUCUAUAUUUCUGGCAAGUGUAUUACGAGUCGGUUGUAGCUUUGGGUUUCCGGUUUGCAGUGUGCUUCGUGUUCGUGUAUUCCUGAUUUGUGGAGUUGCUUUGACGGAGAAUCUUUACGAAACAAGCAGUUUCAGAGGUAGCUUGGGGUUAUACUGAAUCAUGACUAAUCAAUUGCUAAUACCUGAUAUCACACCGCAAAUCAAUCAAUGGACAUGCAAAGUGACCAUCACAGAAAAAACAACAUGUGUCAAUCAACACGAAGCUCAAGAAAAUACAAAUCUGUAGUCUUGCAAGAUGAACAAAGGAACAAGGUCAAGACAUUAGUUUAUGAAAACGAAAUUGAAGCUAUUGAUGGAAGGCUACAACUCUAUUCCACAUAUCUGGUGUCCAACGCUUGGGUCCAACCCGUUGAAGAUUUCUACUCCCUUCCAGAUUCAACUUAUAACUACAUUUGGACACUGAAUAGGAGAACUAUGAUUCAAGACACCAACGAACACAAUCCUGUUGACUUCCUGAUGCUUGCGGAAAGUGACACCACACCUUUUCACAUGUUCUUUGACUUUGCCAAAGACAACAGACGCCUAAGUGUGUUGGCCAUUGUCAUUCGAAAGCUCUCACGUGAAUUUAUUGUCACCGCAAAAGGACAGCAAAAGGCGAAUGAGUUUGUCAUUGUCGAUGAGGAGGCAAAACCAGUUGUUGUAACACUCUGGGACAGUUUUGCGACUACCUAGGGAAUUGAACUUGAUAAACUUCUCCGCAUGGGUAACUAUCCAGUUAUUCUCGCCAAAUGACUCGGUAUAACGACAUUUCAAGAACGUCAUUUUAUGGGUCAGAGGGAAGCUAACACUCAUUGAUAAUGGAUGGCCAACAUAUUAUGUUGCAUGCAACGCACUGUGGCCAACAAAGUGGAAUCACAUCCAAGAGAUUUAGAAUACAAGUCCAACUGGAAGACAAGAGUGCAAAACUAGACAACACUUUGUUCAACCACGAUGUGGAGAAGCUCUUUCAAUAUGCAGGCAUUCACAAAGACACAGAAAUUGAACUACAAGAGCUUGACGAUAAAUUGGCUACAUUUAUCUUUGUCGUUGGAGUGAAGUCCAUCUCUAAAUACCAACAACCCAGGUCAUCCACAAGUCACUCUAUAGUAUGCCUCACCAAAGUCAAUUUGCCACCACCUCCAAAUGCCACGCUUCCUAAAGACAAUGACAAACAAGCAGAAAACACUGAAACUCCAGAAACCAAACCAGGUCAUUCUGCCACAUCCUCAAAACGACAACUUGAGAUACCAAAUUCCUUUGAAGAGCCAGUCAAUUCUGACCCAAGCAUCAGACCAAAGCGUGCCAACAUCAAUACACCCAACCAAAUCCCAAUGACAGAAGAAAGUGAAGAAGACGUGCCCCUCAUCAAGACAAUCCGAGGAAUCAAGAAAAAAAAGCCACAAGUAACGAACAAUGCACGGACUCCUUUAAUGAUAACAUUUUUUAAUAUCCAACACAUGUAGAAAUCAUAACUGCAUGAUCCGCUGCUACGUAAACUACUCUUUUGAAAAUCCUUAGGAAUUGCUUUACUGGCAACCCUAAGACUCAUGUACAUAUGAAUGUCCAAAUAAAU